AGUAAAUAAAAAAUCUCGCAGGCGGAACUGAUGCGGUACUUCGGCUACAACGUCGAAGUCCACAAGGUCACCACGGCGGACGGCUACAUCCUAGAAGUGGACAGGAUAUUACCCAACUCGAAGGAUAACAGAACGGAACAGCGGACGCCAAUGCUGCUCGUGCAUGGCCUCCUGGCAAACGCCGUAUCCUGGGUGGCAAACCUACCUUCGCAAAGUCCAGGCUUUCUCUUGGCUGACGACGGAUUUGACGUAUGGCUUUUAAACUCGAGAGGUGUGCCGCAGUCCAACUACCACGUUAAUCUUACCACGAAUGACCCGAAGUUCUGGAAAUGGAGUUUCGAGCAGGUCGGCACGUUUGACAUAGCUGCCACCAUCGACUUCAUCCUGAACGUGACAGGAUUCUCCAAGGUGGGCCUCCUGACCACGUCGCAGGGGACGACAUCGUCGCUGGUGUUAUUGUCGAUGAGACCAGAGUACAACGACAAGGUGAACAUCUUCGUCGGCUAUGCUCCCGUGGGAAACAUCACGUACUUCACCUCGCCGAUAAGGCUGCUCAUUCCGUUCUCUGAAGAAGUCAAGGGGGUCAACGACUUCAUCACGCGUGGUGGGUUCCUGGUGACGAACCCCGUGCAACAAGCAACGCUCGCCACGACUUGCGACAGCGUGAUUCGUGAAAUCUGCUACGCGCCACUGGCCAUCCUUUUCGGAAAGAAUCCCAAACAGCACAACAGCACGAGGGUGCCUGUCUACGUGGCAAACUUACCAGUGGGCUCCUCCAGCCAAAACGUGCUUCACUACGCCCAGGUUUACCGGGCCAAGAAUCUUGUUAGAUUCGAUUACGGAAAGGAGGAGAACAUGGUUAAGUAUGGACAGGCCGACCCACCACCAUAUCCUUUGGAGAAGAUUCGAGUGCCUUUCGCAAUCUAUCAGGGCCUGGGUGACAUUUUCGCCGAUCCUGAAGACGUGGACGACCUAGCGGAGCGGCUACAAGACGUCCUCGUGCUGAAGCAGGUGGUGCCGGAUCCGGAAUUCGGCCACCUCGACUUCAUCUUCGGCUACAAUGCCACUGACAUUCUCCACCGCCACAUGAUAAACCUCGUCUCAAACUACACAUCCACGAGCGCUUGACUGUGCUUCUAGACCUGGUACCGUUCUUUAAAGGUGCGCUUAUAUCUGCGUAUGGAAUCUCUUGUGGCAUAUAUGUGUGCGUAGUCCGUUUGUGUGUAUCUCCGCCUCGAUCGACUGGUUUCAAGUAAACAUUUUGUUUAAAGUGUG